AUGCUGGACGAAUCGAUAUUGGCCAUGGGAUGCGAGACAUUGCAGUACCUAUUUAGAGACUGGUUCGGCGAAGGAAUAUUCGCCGUAGACGGGCAUCAGUGGAAAGUGCAGCGCAAGACCUCAUCGCACAUAUUCACCACCAAAUCAUUAAGAGAAGAAAUGGCUCCAGUGUUCGUAGACCAUAUCGAAGAAGGCGUGCGUACCCUUGGAAAGGCGGCUGAUAGCGGUGAAGUGGUCAACAUCACACAGUUCUUCUUGAAUCUCACCAUGAAUACGUUCGGCCAGAUUGCGUUUGGGGUGGACUUGUCGUAA